AUGGGAGCAUCACCGAGUGUCUUGAACCUAACUCGCCUUGAAUGCCCGUCACCAGCGACUGCUAGGAUGGAGGAUAAGACACUGUGUGACGAGUAUUACUUCAUCGUUGGCCGUCAGGAGAAGAAGUUGAUGCUAAGGAGUGGCAGCCUCCUACCCAAGUGCCGAUUACGGGCGUAUCGUAAAGACGACCCGAACUGGCGUGCAGAAUUGCUUGUUUUUAACGACGAUUAUUAUCGUUUGAGACGAAGCGGUGUGGGUGUCGAAAUGGAGGCACAGUUUCCGAUUGCAUAUGAAGGGGAAUGGUCAGUUGAGGGGGUUCCUGCUGGCUUUGGUGUGCUCCUUUACUCUAAUGGUAACUGCUAUAUAGGAGAAGUACAGUGUGGCUGUCCCUGGGGGUUGGGCCUACUCAUAAGUGAUGAAAACAAGGAGGGCUUGAGAGUGUGCUUGGGAACCUUCCGGAAGGGGUCUUUGGUAGGGGAAGACCCUAGGGUCGUCAUGGUUAGUAACCCUCGACCCUCCGAGGUGCCCUUGGGCGAGGAGGAAGAAGGGGACGUCUGCGUACGCCUGGUGCCGCUGCCCUCUGCCCCUCCUCAUGGUCGUAUCCAUCUCGAUGGAGACAUCACUAUAAAACGCUCAACUGCCUGGGUGAAUAGUUUCACUCGACUUUGCCGAAUUUCAUCUCGAGAGGAUGCGGCAAUUGACGUAGUGAAGAUAUAUGGCGCUUACAAAGCCCCUGAUGGCAACUUCUACUUAGCGACUCAGUGUUUCGUGGAUGCCAAUGGCUACCCUUUGCACGAUAUCAAGAGGGCUUCAACGGUGAUAGGGAGUGAGAGGAAGAAGAAGGCAGAAAUGACCGAGGAGGAAUAUAAAAAUUCCGCUCGGCUCGGGAACACUACCAAUAGUGAUAGUGACUAUGUGCUGAUAUUUACGUAUAGACUGUGUAAGGCCUUGGAGUGUCUUCACCGCUAUGGAGGAGUCUCCUACAAUGGGCAGUUGUCGUUUGGUGACAUCCUUUUUAGGGAGGGCAAGGAGGGUUUACGAAUCACCCCCACGGUCCGAGCAGUAGACUACUAUCUUGAUACCGUUGGUUUGCUCACCGACAUGGUUGCAUGGUUUCCCCCAUCGCAGAAGAGAUCGGUGACAAAGUAUAGUAGUUUAUCCACGUAUCGCACCUGGGCUCCCGAGACGGUGUUGCAAGUUGUAUACACUCCUCCGCUGACAGCAGCUUUGAUGACUCUGUUACGGCCAGGGCAAGAGGCUCCCCAGAGUGGACCGUCCUCCGACGUAUGGUGUCUGGCGGCUAUCACUCACUACCUGAGCUGGGCUCCUGUAGUGGCAGUCAACACGCCCGAGGAUGAUGAUGAUGAUGAUGAGGGGUCGCAGGUGGGCAGGGAGGGCGGCAAUGCGGUUUUCAAGGAGUGGGAGGAGCCGAGCGAAGGCCUCACUAGGGCUCAGUGGUCGGCGUUACUCGCGGUAGUUCCUCUACUGGGGAGGCCGCCGCCGCGGCCACCAUCGCUGUUGUUGGUCUACGACGAUAGUAGGAGGCUGGAGGAGCAGUACGAGAGAGUAAAGCAUAUACUCAACACUGGAGGGGACAUCAGAAGGGGGCGCCCCUCGUUAUCGUCACUACUAGAGCUCAUCAAGACUCGCAUGCCCGCUGUGGAGGCAGCCGGAGGGACGCUGCGGAAACACUAUAGGCCACGAGCUCGGAAGGAGGCUGAAGAUUCCAAUACGGCAGAUGUAACGGCGGCGGUGGGGGCCACGAGUGGCAGUGGGUAUGAUGAGAAUUUGCGGAAGGUCAUGGACAGCACCGCUGCGACGGCGUCUAGGCUCUCCUCGAGAUUAGGGCAAUCGUCCACGAAGUUCUUCGCGUCGUUUGUCGGUGGAAUAUCAGCAGCAGUUGCAACAGGGGGUGGGAGGCCGCAAGGAGGAGGUGGGGGCAUUAGGUUGGGGGCGCAGCCGAAUGAGGAGGAAGAGGAGUGGAUGCGGCAGUUGAGGGUAGCAACGGACGAGGCCCCUCCUCCUCCCCCUCCUCCUCCUGUGAUGAGGACAACUUCUGAUAUCAAAUCGGUGGUGGCUGAUACGUUCGCUGCAGUAGCUGUGGAGCCUAUGGAGGGUGGAGAGGGAGCACCUUCGAUGGACAGUGACUCCUCCUCUUCGGGGGAGGGAGGCACACCAAGCUCUAUUGUGGGCUUGCUGUCCUCACCAAUGCCAGAGGCUGCUGCUACUGUGACUACUGAUAAUACGCCUGUUAUCACCACUGAGGAGGCGGCUGCUGCUACUGUGACUACUGAUAAUACGCCUGUUAUCACCACUGAGGAGGCGGCUGCUGCUACUGUGACUACUGAUAAUACGCCUGUUAUCACCACUGAGGAGGCGGCUGCUGCUACUGUGACUACUGAUAAUACGCCUGUUAUCACCACUGAGGAGGCGGCUGCUGCUACUGUGACUACUGAUAAUACGCCUGUUAUCACCACUGAGGAGGCGGCUGCUGCUACUGUGACUACUGAUAAUACGCCUGUUAUCACCACUGAGGAGGCGGCUGCUACUGUGACUACUGAUAAUAUGCCUGUUAUCACCACUGAGGAGGCGGCUGCUGCUACUGUGACUACUGAUAAUACGCCUGUUAUCACCACUGAGGAGGCGGCUGCUACUGUGACUACUGAUAAUACGCCUGUUAUCACCACUGAAGAGGCGGCUGCUGCUACUGUGACUACUGAUAAUACGCCUGUUAUCACCACUGAGGAGGCGGCUGCUGCUACUGUGACUACUGAUAAUACGCCUGUUAUCACCACUGAGGAGGCGGCUGCUGCUACUGUGACUACUGAUAAUACGCCUGUUAUCACCACUGAGGAGGCGGCUGCUGCUACUGUGACUACUGAUAAUACGCCUGUUAUCACCACUGAGGAGGCGGCUGCUGCUACUGUGACUACUGACAAUACGCCUGUUAUCACCACUGAGGAGGCGGCUGCUGCUACUGUGACUACUGAUAAUACGCCUGUUAUCACCACUGAGGAGGCGGCUGCUGCUACUGUGACUACCGUUCCUACGGAAGUUCUCUCGUUAGCAUCGAUUGUGAAGGACCCCAUCAGUAGCAGGGAGAUCUCCCCAAGAGCCCCACUUCUAUCCACCCUAGGGGCUCCUACUACUCUAGACAGUGGUGCUGGUGUGGGGGCUAAGGCCUGCAAUACUACUAGAGUCGGCAGUGAUGCUCCUGCCGCUACUAGCAAUGUCGAUGUGAUACCUGCUUUAUCGGCUUCCUCUUCAUCGCUCCACGAUGUAGAACAUAUCCCAGCCAGGAGUGAGAGUGUUGCCAUGGCCGAGCAGAAGCUUGUUGACACCACCACCAUCAUAACUCCUCCCGCGGCGUAUGGCAUCUCCGAUAAGAACAUCAUGGAGAGCUCUAGGGUAGAUUCAGCGAACCGCUCCUCCGAUGAGCAUCGCAGUAGUCUCGAUAGAGUUGCAGCUCCCAUACGACUGCCACCUAGUGACGAGUCUUCGGUUACGGGAGGGAGCGGAUCUAGAUUGCCCCUUGUGGCUCCAGGGAAAGAGGGAAACACUCAUACUGAUGCUGUUACCAUUGAUGCAUCAACACAAAGAGCCAACUUGUCUUCGUUACCGACUUCGCGACAAAUACCCUCCGACUCGGCACCUCCGACGGGUGGCAAGGAGGCCAGUCUGACUGAUAACACUCCGCUGCAACACCCAUCGUUCCUGCCAUACCAGCCACCGUCUGUUGCCGGCAAUAUGCCCUCGCAUUCGUUCGUUGAUAAAAUCACAUCACCACCGCCGCCGCCGCCACCGCCACCACCACCGCCUGCGGCACCAAGCUCUUCUUUCUGGCACUCUCUGUCAUCAACUAUGAGGGCUAGUCCCGGUGGCGAUACUAUGAAGGCUUUCUUUUCUAAUGCUGCGGCAUCCAUCGCAGCGGGGAGAGAGAAGCAUCAAGUACGCCCAGCGGGGUCUGCCGUCACAUUGGGAACGACGAUGAGCAAUCUGCUUGGACCGUCUUUUGAUUCCACAUCGCAUGCUGCCGGCCAGCCUGCUCCAUCACAUUCGGGUCAGAAGGAGCAGCAACAGAAUACCAAUCGGGACGACUAUGAUUUGUUGGAUCUGUUCUUCGUUGUUUCUGUCAUACUGAGUUUCGAGUUCAUCCCGCUGAGUAUGAAGAAAUCGUCGGCAUGGAUUUAA